GUCAAGACAUCGCACAUCGAUGUUUUGCCGUUUGCGUGUUUUUAAUAGUUUCGUGAAUUAUUGAAACAUUCUUAAUUUAGAAUCUUGUAAUAUAAACAUCUAACUACCCAUAAAUAAUCUAUUCGUUUAUGUAGUGCUUUUACUCAUAUUGCAAUAAUCCAAAACUGUCUAUAUCAAAACUCUGGUUAUCAAUGCAAGGAUUAAAAUGUUACACUACAAUUUAUUAUUUUUGAUACAGUAAUAGUGCAAGCACAUACGUAAAAUAAAGUUAUAUUCAGAUGGAGUGCCUGAGAUUCAAGCUAGCUUUUGGAAAGACAUAGGAUUUUACAAGAAGGCUUGUUUUAUUGACUAAAAAUGUCGAAGAAUGGCGAAGUGCCGUCAAAUCAAGGACCUAGCAGGCCAUCAAUGCCAAAGCCUGAUUUAAAUUUAUUGCCAACUGAGAAACGUAAAAUACUAAAUUUGCAACUUGAAGGAGGACCAUCCAGUGAUAAUGCGGCUUUUAUGCCAUUUACUUCAACGGCGCCACAAAGAUCGCGAAUGCCAUCAAGAACAAUAAGAGAUGUGCUUCCAGAUAAUACCAGAGAUAGGUGUAGAAUAUAUCCAUCAAUGCAAUCAUCAGGCAAGUUGCAGCUGUCUGCAACUGAAGUAUAUGACUUCACCUCAGAUGAUUUACAGGAUCUAGGAGAAAUAGGCAGAGGUGCAUUCGGAGCAGUUAACAAAAUGGUUCACAGAAAGUCUGGCAAAGUGAUGGCAGUGAAAAGAAUUCGCUCAACUGUUGAUGAAAAGGAGCAGAAACAAUUAUUAAUGGAUCUUGAAGUUGUCAUGAAGAGUAAUGAAUGCCUUUAUAUUGUACAGUUCUAUGGAGCACUAUUUAAAGAAGGUGACUGCUGGAUAUGCAUGGAGUUAAUGGAUACAUCAUUAGACAAAUUCUACAAGUUCAUAUGUGAAAGGAUGCAAACUCGAAUGCCAGAGACAAUAUUGGCAAAAAUCACGCUUGCUACUGUAAAAGCAUUAAAUUAUUUAAAAGAAAAGUUAAAAAUUAUUCACAGGGAUGUAAAACCAUCAAACAUUUUACUAGAUAGAAGAGGUAAUAUAAAAUUAUGUGACUUUGGUAUAUCUGGGAAAUUGGUCGACUCAAUUGCGCGUACUCGGGACGCUGGUUGCAGACCCUAUAUGGCGCCUGAAAGGAUAGAUCCAGGGCGCGCUAGGGGCUACGAUGUGCGAUCUGAUGUUUGGUCAUUAGGUAUAACAUUAAUGGAGGUCGCGACUGGUGCCUUCCCUUAUCCCCGCUGGGGAUCAGUCUUUGAACAGCUUCAACAAGUGGUUCAAGGUGACCCACCACGUCUCACCAAUAAGAAUAAUAUCUUCUCAAGCAAUUUCAUAAAUUUUGUCAAUACUUGCCUAAUAAAGGAAGAAACGCAACGGCCCAAAUAUAAUCGUUUGUUAGAGCAUCCAUUCAUAAAAGGCAUAGAACAGAGCCGGGCCGACGUUGCUGCCUAUGUUUGUGAAAUACUUGAUGCCAUGGAGCGGAAUGGAGUUAGCCCAUUUACCACUGAUCAGCCAGCACAGGCCUGGAUUGAUUAAUAAAUAUUCAAUAGAUUUUAUUUAAUACCACGCGGAAACUUUCGCCAAUAAAGUGGGUUAAAAUAAAUCAAAAACAUGUAGAAUUCUAAUUAUUUUAUGUAAACAACAUGUCAUUUUUAUUACUCAGACAUACCAAAGCGCGAGAAUGAAUAUUUAGUAUAACGCUCUGUCCAUACAAAUUACCUAAAAUAAUGUAAUCUAUGUACAGAGCAUAUACUUGAUCAUUUGGGAAACAAGUACAGUAUAACUUCUGUAUGACAAAUUAAAGUUGGAAUAGUUUCAACUUUGACCCUUAAAUGAUCUUUAAAGUUCAAUACUGUUGUGAAAUACAUACAUAUAAUUAUGAAUAUUUUACUCUAAUGUGUUAAAUAUUGAAUAUACCAUAAACUAGCUUCUCAGUGGUGGCUCAGGAAGGCCAAUUUUUAUAUAUCACUGAUCAAAAUUUAGAAAUUUAUUAUAAGGUUCACAUUAAUAUUCAUAAUAUAAGUAAUAAUAAGGUUAGCAUGCCUAAUAUUAAAUAGAAGCAGAGUUCAAAUUCACUAUUUUAUACCAUUUUAAUUGUAGAUUAGUCACUGGAGUUGUAGAAAGUUUAUUAACAUUAAAGCAAAACACAGCACUUGCAAAUUAUAUUUCUAAAUUAAUUUAUAUAUAAAACAAUUGUAGUGUAAAUAUAAGAUUGUUUUAAGGGUUUGUUAUAAAGUACGAGCAAACUGUUUGUGGAGUGUAAUGAAGGUUUCAAUUAAGGUAUAAAUUUGAUAUAAAAUUAAUUGUACAGACAUUUCAUACUUAAAAUUAUGCUUUGGAACAUUUAUUAAAGGUUACACUCAUCUAAACCUAUAUCAUUGCUAUGAAUGGAUUUGGUAUAAACCACUAAGCCACAGAAUAGGUAUUCUGUGCCUUAGUGUUUAAUAGAUAUUACCCAGAGUGCCUAGAUUGAUUCUGGGUACAGUUGUUUGGGUUAAAAGCAACAUUCAUAAAAAAAUAUAGAUAUUUAUUAAAGUAGUUUCCGAAGUAAGCAAUACCAUAUAAUUUUCAGUGAGAUUCAGUUAAGUCAUCUUUCAUCAAUUUAAUAUACACAAAGAUUUUUCAUAGAUAAAAAUGAUAUUGUCCCAAUCAAUUGUGAGUUGGUGAUUUUAACUUAAAAUGAGAAAAAAAUAUGCAUUAAUUAACUAGUUAUGUACAUUCAAUUUCAUACAUAAACAAAGUACAUCUGAAAUAACUUAUAAGUUAUUUCAGAUCCAUUUCGGGUAUUAUAUUUAUUUACCUAAUUAAGAAUAAUAUCCAAAUUCUGUAUUAAUUUUUAUUUAUUUUAGUAAUUUUAAGCCAGCAAUCAAUCUCAAAUAUUUACCUACUUAAAAAAUAUUAGAAUUCUUAAAUACAACCUGAU